AUGAAUAGUGAAGCUAGACCAGCUGGAACAGCAGCAUUACCGGAAGCCAAUGACGUUGAAAAGAAAGAUCCCAACGAGUGCAACUAUGUCCAGAAUAAUAAGAGAUCACACGGCAAAGGCCGAGGUGGAUACAAAGGGCGUGGCCGUGACAACUACUCGAACGGCCAGACAACUACUCGACCGGCCGGAAAGGAAACCACAAUAACUGUGGUCGUGGUUCCAACUAUGGCCGUGGCCGAGGCAGUUAUGGCCGAGGUCGAGGCGGCUUAUCCAAACCGUUUUACUCGACCAAAUCCGUUUGUCAAAGAUGUGGGAUGGACAACCAUUGGGCCAAGAAUUAACAAGAACCCGGAGGCUCACAUGGUCCAUGAUUCCGGAUAUGAUGCUGAUGAUGAUUCCGACUUUGCUAACAAUGACCUAAUGGAUUUUGAGACUUCUGAUUGUCUCAAAGACUAG